CCCGACUGGAUUCAGUGUUUGCUGACACACACAACUGAAAGGCGAGCAAACUCAAGCAAGCAAGCAAGAAGCAAGAAGACAACCACAAAACAUACCCACCACAACAUACACGACGACAACCUCACAUCACGUCAUGGCAUGGACGGCGUGGCUGACGGUGGAGGAAGGAGACGGCGAAGCACUCGCUGUGGCACCCAGCGACCGCAUUGUGCUCCCAUCAUCUGCAUUGCAUGAGCUGCACGACCGUAUGGAGCUCGGGAAACCUCUGCUGCUUCGAGCAGCUGUCCGCAAGAUUUCCAAGGCGGAGGACAAGGUCGCAUGCAGUGUGCAUAGCUUCAAUGCCCCAGAGAACACAGCCAUCGUUCCCGGCUGGCUCUUGCAACAACUCAAGCUCAGCCCCGGCUCAAAGAUCUGGCUUGAGCUUGUGGACGAGCUGCCCACGGCAGAGUUUUGCCGCUUUCGCGUGCUUGACGAAGCGUUCUUCAAGCUGCAGAACCACAAGGCCGUCCUGGAGAGGGCACUGGAAGGCAACUACCGCACCCUCACAGAGGGGUCCACCAUCCGCGUGGACCAUCUCGGCAUCGCAUACAAAUUGGAGGUCCUCGAGCUCUUGCCGGAGCGCCAGUGCUCUCUCAUCGACGCAGACCUGGAGGUGGACUUGACCGGCAUGGUGACGGAGAAGCGGGACGUGGUAGCCAGUGGUGGUGGUGGAAACGUCCUGUUGCUGGACAGCACUUCUGGGGCCGCCGCUGAUGCAACAUCAAAGUCCUACACCACCCUCAAGCUGUCCUUGCCCCAGUGCACCCCUUUUCAGGUUUCCUAUGAGGCGCCGAGCCGCGGCGAUGUUGAGAUGUACAUUUCUCCGGCGUCACACACGGAGUCGCCAACGCGCAAUCUCUUCACGCACACAUGUACAGAGGACGACUAUGACCGUCGCGGAACCAUCACCGUCAACGAUCCGAAAGAAACGACAUGGUUUGUUGCCGUUCGCGCGUACGGGUGCGAUAAGACGCAGGUGAAGCUACGGGCAGCGUCACUUGAGCCUGAGGAAGAGGAAGAGCAAGACGAGCAAGAAGGCCAGACCACACAACAACAACAACAGCAACAGCAACAGCAGCAGCAGUCCAUGGUAGUGGAUGGCACUUGCGAUUUGAAUGCACAGGCGACGCAGCGCUGCGAUAACUGCGGGCACGACGUCCCUGCCAUGUCGUUUGCACGCCACGUCGCAUUUUGCCGGCGCCACAACGUCGUGUGCGAGCGGUGUGGGCGUGCCGUGCGUCGAACAGCAAUGGGCGAGCACUUCCACUGCGAUGCGUGUGAGCAGGCUGGGCGACCGUUCGUCUGCGACAGCGAGCACGCAAAGGCAAAGCACAUUGACUUGUUCCACUCCACCACCCUGCACUGCGAUUGUGGUGCCUCCCUACCGCUGCUGGAGAUGCAAGAGCACAAGGCCAAGACGUGUCCGCUGCGCGUGGUGACGUGCCGCUUCUGCUUCAACACCAUGCGUGCGGGCCGUGCCCCAUCAGAUCCCCGCGACCGCCUCGCCGGCCUCACCCAACACGAGAGCGAGUGCGGCAGCCGGACUGAGACGUGCGCUGUCUGCGGUGCACGCGUGCGCCUGAAGGACAUGGAGAUGCAUCAGGCCCUCCACGCCAACCAGCACGACACAGCAGGCACCGGUGAUGUCACGGCACAAUCCCAUGCACCCGCAACCGCAACGACAGCAGCAGCGCCCACCGCGAGCAGAACGACAUACGUUGCAAAGCCAAUCACGGAUCCCCAGCAACUCGCUCGCAUGCGCGCACAGGCCUGGAGCAGAGCCGGAUUUGAAGACCGCGUACCGGAAAUUCCAUCCGUUCCCGGAUUUUCAACAGAGCACGAACUGCAGCAGGACAUGGUGACACGACACAACGCCACGACGCACCACCACCAGCAGCAGCAGCAGCAGGCACCGGUGGCGAGUGGGGUCGAGGCGCGUGUGUGUGCAAAUGACGGCUGCACGAACGAAACGACAAGCGAACUUGGCGUCUGCAGGCAAUGUCGCAAUCGCCUGAGCGAACUCUCUGGCAUGUCCGUGGACCAUGCUGACAAGAAGGAGUUUAUUCGCAUCCUCGUGAAGGCAUACUACAAUAUGGCGACCAUUGGCUGUGGCAGUGAGACCUGCACCAAUCCGUACUGCGUGUCUUCGCCAAAGUUCAGCGGCGCUGCAGAGACAUCAGCGUUGGCGACGGACUGUCUUCAGCGUGCGCAGCAGUACCUGCACCAGCCGUCGGUCGUGUUUGUGUGCCGCACAUGAUGUGGUGCUCGCUCUCAAUGCACAAGCACGUUGCAUACUGUUUGUUGGGUUGGGAGCUCCCCCGCGCUGUGUAACAUACUGCGUGGUACGCGUAGAUAAAAGUAACAAUCAACGUCAUGCGUGACUCUGUACGCGCUGCAAGCAACAAACCAAUACAAGUGCAGCAACA